CCACGGCGGAAGUCUCGCGAGAGCUGCGGCGGGAUGUGCGGCGGCUGUGUGGGCACCGAGUACCCGGAGCGGGGCACCACGUGCCUGGAGGGCGGCUCCUUCCUGCUCAACUUCGUGGGGUGCGCGCAGUGCGGCCGCCGGGACCUGGUGCUGCUGAGCAACCGCGCGGCCGGGCUGCACGGCGGGGAGGAGAUCGUCACCUACGACCACCUGUGCCGGAGCUGCCACCACCUCAUUGCACGCCACGAGUACACCUUCAGUGUGGUGGAUGAGUACCAGGAAUACACGAUGCUGUGCCUGCUCUGUGGCCGGGCUGAGGACUCCAUCAGCAUCCUCCCUGAUGACCCCAGGCAGAUGACUCCUCUCUUCUGAAGCCAGUUUGGAUCCCAGUAUGAGUCCCUGGGUGUCCCAGCAUCUCCCUUCCCACUCCCCAUCCGCACCAGGAGAUCCCUGGCAUUGGGAUCCCUGUGGGUAAUGUUUUCCUUUACCUGGUUUCUCCAGUCUUCCAGCCUGGAUGUGGUGCAUUCCGGAUGCUUCCAUGCUCCCAUACCCGCAUCCCAGCUCCAGGAAUAAGCAGGAGCACCACAAUCUGAACCCCCCCCCAUGUGCUGAAGACAUGAAGGGGGCCCCAGCAUGUUGUCACCCCACAAAGGGGUCCCAAAGGGUGCUCACCCCACCUCAGGAGCCCACAUGUGUGGGGCAAUAAAUGUGACGUGUUACAGCCUUCA